AUGUCUGAUAUUCUUCGCAUCGUUCUGGAAAACGUCGACUUUCGUCUGCCCACGCAGGUGACCGAUGACAACAGUGUCCUCGCUCUCAAAAGCUUAGUCUUGGAACCUUUGAUACGAUGGCAGCCAGACGGCGAGGUCCUACCAGGGCUCUUUGACCGAUGGGAUGUUUCAGACGAUCAACGAACAUGGUUCUUUCAUAUCCGAGAUGGUGCUGUUUUUCACGAUGGAAAACCUUGUGACGCCCUCCUCAUUGUCGAGUACAUCAAGGGCUUCCUUGACUCACACGAUUACUUUGGCAUGGCCUGGAGCUAUAGUCGAUAUUUUGCCAACACGGCAUUCACCGCCCAAGAUUCCAGGGUUGUCAAGAUCCAGCAUCAAGAGCCUUUUGCAGAUCUUCUAAACGUCCUCAAUGACUUUUGGCCGUCGAGGAUUGACUCAGAUGGAAAGCCAAUCCUCGGCACGGGUCCGUAUCGUGUUGUCGAAUUUACGCGACAAGACAGCGUUGGAUCUGCAACACUAGAGCUGGUAGAUCUUGCUCAGCACCCGAAUUGGCCGCGGAAAAUCGUUGCUACGGCGGCUCGCAGCGGUGAAGAAAGGCUGAAGCUUUUGCAAGGUGGACAAGUUGAUGCAGCCUUGAACCUGGAACGCAUUGACGACCUGAGCCUUCUUGAAUUCCAAGCCUCGCUACGGUGGGGAAGAGUUCUAAGCACAUUGUCUGUCAUCUACUACCUCAAUUGCCCAGAGGGAAUCUUCUCUUCACCACAGGUGCGCCUCGCUGCCAAUCUCGCCAUUGACAACCAAGCUCUGGUCGACGAAGUCUACUUGGGUCUUGCCUCACCAGCUGCAACCGUCGUCAGCCCUCACCAUCUUGGCUUCGAGGAAGCAAACCUAAGCCCCAUACCCUAUGACCCUGAGCGAGCGAAAGAGCUAAUCAAGCACCUCGAUUUGAGCAAGCCUCUUCGCUUGCGCACGCCCGAAUGGAUGCCGGAGCACGCUAUCCAGAUAACUAAGUUCGUCAAGAGAUCUCUAGAGGCCAUCGGUUUCAAAGUAGACGUCGAGAUCGAGACAAAUCGUCCAGAAUACGCACGUUCGAUAGGUCUACGGAAGAACAUUGGCGACCUAGCUUGUUUUGACUCGACGCCUAACACGACCUUUCGGGUUCUAGACGAUAAGGUGUCGAGCGAAUCACAUGGUACGUGGUGGCUGGGGUAUCAUGAUGAUGAGUUUCAGAGGUUGUUUGCGAAGGCGAGAACAGAAACGAAGGGAGACGAUAGGAAGAAGGCGUAUGCGGAUGCUUUGAAGAGGGUACAUGAAAAUCCCCCAUGGUUGUAUAUCGCCCAUCCGGAUGUCGUUUGGGCUACCAAGCCUGGAGUCAAGCUCAGUAUUGGUCCAUCUGGAGUGUUGGAAUUAGGCAAGUAA